AAGUCCGGUCUGGGAGACUGAUGGGAGUCAGUCAGUCAGCGUCUGCUUACGACGCUGCGUUGACGGUGAUGUGAUGGAACCCCCACAGACAUGCAUGAUACACAUGAAUUUUCUGCUGUGCUUGUAAAGAAAGAUAAAAAUACAGUAUAGCCAGUUGAAUAUAACAACAACAAAAAAAAUUAGAUGUUGAUUAGAAAUGUCAGUUGAAAAUCGUGUUAUAUGCAGCUAUAUAAUUGCAUUUAAUAUUUUAUCAAUUUUCAAUUAAUGGCACAAUGAUGGUAUUUACUACAAAAAUUUGAAUGUUUUGAUUAUAGCAGAAUGAGUUAUGUUCUUUUGUUUUAAAUUUUAUUUGACGUACUUUGUUUCUAUAACUUAUGAGAACAAAUCAUAUAUAAGAUUCUCAUACAGAACUUAAUAAUUAAUAAUUUAAUAAUUAGUAACUUAAUAAUUUUUUAAAUAAAAUUUUAUAAUCUUACGAAACAUGGCUACUGAUAAAAUAAAGGUUGCUGUAAGGGUUCGGCCUUUUAAUCGAAGAGACCCGUCUCAACGAUCGCAGAAGCGAACAGCGCCCCUUGACUAAACCCAUAAAGUCGACAGUCACAACAAGUUUGUAGCACAAAAAGUUCAAAUGAAAAACUAUAUACAAGACCAAAGCUAAUAUGACAAUACAAAGCAAAAUAAAAAUUGAAGAUCUUCAAAUUUCAAAGGCCAGAGCAGACUGAGCAAUCAAAACAAUUUUCCCGGCUCUCUAUACAUAUUGAAUUGGAACUUGGUACAGACUGUAUUGUAGAGAUGACCAAUAAGCAAACACUUCUACGUAAUCCUUCAACGUUAAAUAAAGUAGAAAGAAACAAAGGAAAAUUAUUUGCGUUUGAUCAUUGUUUUUAUUCCUUGGAUCCAGAAGCAGAAAACUAUGCUAGUCAAAAUGUUGUUUUCAACGCUUUAGGUCGUGACAUAUUGUAUAAUGCAUUUCAAGGAUAUAAUGCUUGUAUUUUCGCAUACGGACAAACAGAUACCCUCUUCAACUCUGAACUGAAUACCCCGGUGAACCAGCAGUAACUGGGGUCAAAAAGAACAAUCAGCAACAAUUGAAGCCCGACUUUCUACUUUUUAAGCUUACUCUGCUGGAUGAAAAAAUAUAUAAGUCAAAGAUGGAUAGUGCAGUUCUGCUUGAACAAGAGUUAGAAUGCCUGUUACAAGCCAGUAACGAUUUGUGCAAGAAAGGUUCGGGAAAGUCUUAUACGAUGAUGGGAAGUGGAGAGAAUUUAGGUAUUAUUCCACGACUAUGUGACAAACUUUUUGAUAUGAUUGCUAAACAGCAAAGUUCUGAGCUUACAUAUAAAGUUGAAGUUUCGUAUAUGGAAAUUUAUAAUGAAAAAGUACACGAUCUUUUAGAUCCGAAACCUAAUAAACAAUCGCUGAAGGUCCGGGAGCAUAAUGUGUUGGGACCUUACGUCGAUGGAUUGAGUCAACUAGCAGUCACAGAUUUUCAAGAUAUCGACAAUCUUAUGGCUGAAGGAAAUAAAUCCAGGACGGUCGCUGCUACCAAUAUGAAUUCCGAAAGCUCGCGUUCUCACGCAGUAUUUUCGGUGAUACUUACACAAACACUUAUAGAUCCUAAAAGUGGGGUCAGUGGUGAAAAAGUUUCACGUAUAAGCCUUGUUGAUUUAGCCGGUAGUGAAAGAGCUGUUAAAACUGGAGCUGUUGGAGAAAGAUUGAAAGAAGGAAGCAAUAUAAAUAAAUCAUUGACAACGUUGGGAUUAGUUAUUUCUAAAUUAGCAGAUCAAAAUUCUAACGGCAAAAAUAGGGAUAAGUUUGUACCAUAUCGUGAUUCCGUAUUAACUUGGCUUUUAAAGGAUAAUCUGGGAGGAAAUAGUAAAACUGUUAUGGUUGCUACGAUUUCACCAGCAGUAGAUAAUUACGAAGAAACACUUUCAACGUUGCGUUACGCAGACAGGGCAAAAAGAAUUGUUAAUCAUGCAGUAAUAAAUGAAGAUCCAAAUGCAAGGAUCAUUAGAGAACUACGUCAAGAAGUAGAAACAUUGAAAGAAAUGCUUCUUCACGCUACAGGACAAGGUUCUGCCUUUGGACAACAACGAACAGAUAUUACAGAAAAAAUCACUGAAUCCGAGAAACUAAUGAAAGUAAUGUCUCAAACUUGGGAAGAGAAAUUAGUAAAAACGGAACAAUUACAGCAUGAAAGACAACAAGCAUUAGAAAAAAUGGGAAUCAGCGUCCAAGCUUCAGGGAUACAAGUGCAAAAAAAUAAAUAUUAUUUAGUCAAUUUAAAUGAUGACCCCAGUCUAAACGAACUCUUGGUGUAUUACCUAAAGGAGACAACAUUAGUUGGUGGACGUUCAUCCAAAAUUGAGCAAGAUAUUCAAUUACAUGGUCUUGGAAUUUUACCAGAACAUUGUGUCAUUACCAUAGAAGCACAUGAGCUCUAUAUGACACCACUUCCAGGUUCAAGAUGUUUUGUUAAUGGAUUUCAAGUUAAUGAAAAAACCUUGCUUGAACAUGGAGACAGAAUUGUUUGGGGAAACCAUCAUUUCUUUCGAGUUAAUUGUCCAAGAAGCUCUCAAGCCUUAAACAACGAGGCUCAAACUCCAGCACAAAAUAUCGAUUACAACUUUGCUAGAGAAGAGCUCAUGCUAAAUGAAUUAUCAAAUGAUCCAAUACAAAGAGCUAUUGCACGAUUAGAAAAGCAGCACGAGGAAGACAAGCAGGUCGCUUUAGAAAAACAAAGAUUAGAGUAUGAACGCCAAUUUCAACAACUUCGUACGAUCCUUUCGCCAUCUACGCCAUAUUCACCUUAUUUACCAUAUGAUCCUCUGCGUAUAAAUCAAGGAUACAAAUUUCCACCUUGUACACCAACAACCCAAAUGAGAGUUGAAAAAUGGGCUCAAGAACGUGAUGAGAUGUUCAAACGUAGUUUGGUGCAACUAAAGACAGAUAUUCUUAAAGCUAAUGCACUAGUCCAAGAAGCAAACUUUUUGGCUGAGGAAAUGGUAAAACAUACAAAAUUUAGCGUCACUUUGCAAAUUCCUCCAAAUAAUCUCAGCCCAAACAGAAAGCGAGGCGCUUUUGUCAGCGAACCAGCGAUUCUUGUAAAGAGGAUAAAUAUGGGAAGUCAAGUCUGGACGAUGGAGAAAUUAGAAAAUAAAUUAGUUGAUAUGCGUGACAUGUAUGAAGAAAGAAAAGAUUUGAAUUUCAAUCGUCUUUCAACAAAGGAAGAAAUAUCUGGAAAAAUUCAAGAUCCAUUUUAUGAAUUACAAGAGAAUCAUAACUUAAUUGGUGUAGCUAAUAUAUUUUUAGAAAUACUCUUCCAUGAUGUUCGAUUAGACUAUCAUAUACCAAUUAUUAGUCAACAAGGCGAAGUUGCAGGUCGACUGCAAGUUGAAAUAAACCGUAUAUCUGGACAAUUUCCUCAUGAUCGUAUAUGUGAAUCUACUUCACAAUCUUCAGAAGAUUCAGCUUCUUCCGAAACGGAUGACUAUGUUGGGUCAAGUCACAUUAAAUGCCGUGUGAGUAUCAAACAAGCCAGCGGACUUCCGCUUUCGUUAAGUAAUUUUGUAUUUUGCCAAUAUAUAUUCUGGGGUUAUCCGGAACCUGUUGUCGUACCUCCUGUAGUCAAUACCGAGUUUUCCUCAUUCCAUAAUAUUACUAAUCAAGACGAUUCACUAACAUUCCAAUUCAACCACACUAAGGAUUUUAUUGUACCGAUAACUGAAGAAUUCAUCGAGCAUUGUUCAGAAGGUGCAUUAAGUAUUGAAGUUUGGGGCCAUAGAAGUACAGGUUUUUCAAGAAGUAAACCAGGAUGGGAAGUUGAGCAAAAACAAUUAGCAAAGGCACGGUCACUUGCUGAUCGUUGGUCAGAACUCACGAGAAAAAUUGAACUUUGGGUGGAAAUUCAAGAACUGAAUGAACAGGGUGAAUACGCUGCAGUAGAAGUUUUUAUGAAAUCAGAUGUACUGACUGGUGGAAUUUAUCAGUUACGUCAAGGUCAGCAAAGACGCAUUCAAGUACAGGUGAAACCUGCUCAAAAUUCUGGUACAUUACCUAUAAUAUGUCAGAGAAUAAUGAGUAUUGCUGUUGGUAGUGUUGUUGGAAGAAAUCGGCUUCAGAAUCCCUUAGAUAGUUAUCAAGACGAAGAUCUUCAUAUUUUAAGAGAAAAAUGGAGUGACGCUUUAAUGCGCAGGAGACAGUAUCUAGAUCAACAAAUACAAAAGCUAAUCAACAAAAAAGACAAAUCGGAUCAAGAUAUUGAAAGAGAGCAGAGUUUAGUAGAUCAGUGGGUAAAUCUUACUGAAGAAAGAAAUGCCGUUUUAGUUCCAUCAGCUGGUUCUGGUAUUCCAGGAGCUCCUGCGGAUUGGAAUCCACCUAUCGGAAUGGAACCUCAUAUACCAGUACUUUUUCUUGAUCUAAAUGCAGACGAUUUAUCGGCGCAUCAAUCAGGGGAAGAGAUUUCAAUAUCCGGAUUAAAUUCGAUUUUACCAAAAGAGCAUGGUCACAAGUUUUACAAUCUACCAAUCGUUAAACAUUUGGAAAAAAAUGUAUGUGCUAUUGCUGCUUGGGAUUCAAGUAUACACGAUGACGUUAAUUUGAAUAAAAUAACAGAUGGGAAAUUCCUGACCCGAAGGUUUUCAACGCUCCUUAUAGCAAAUGAAAGAAUCUAUUUAAUUUUGAAAACGACUGUUCGCUUAUCACAUCCAGCACCAAUGGAUCUUAUUUUAAGGAAAAGACUAGCUCUUAAUAUUUAUAAAAAACAAAGUAUUACAGAUAGAAUCUUUAAAAGAAUUGUAAGAAUUGAUUCAUUAACUCAAACUGGUGUCACGUAUGAUGUUGUUUCCAACAUACCAAAAGCUAGUGAAGAGCUUGAAGAUAGAGAAAGUCUUGCACAAAUUGCAGCCAGUGGUGAAGACAAUAAUGUCGGUGAUGGAGAAACUUAUAUAGAAAAAUACACACGUGGCGUUUCAGCAGUAGAAAGUAUAUUAACUUUGGAUAGAUUGAGACAAAAUGUUGCAGUCAAAGAGUUGCUGCAAGCUCAAGGUCAACCAAUGAUGCGUAAAACAGCGAGUGUUCCGAACUUUUCACAGCUAAUGCGAUUUGAUAGUUCUAUUGAAUCAUUAAAUAUCAUGCGAUCAGAAAGUGUAAUGGAUCUUAAUUCAGAAAUAAAUAGUUUUUCGAAUAAAUCACGCAGAUCGUCUAUUAGUCAACUAAGAAUCGAAGAGAAUGUUUUAUCUUCACAACCGAAAUCUCUUGGAAUAGCACGACCGACGUUCCUUAAUCUUAAUACAAGUCAUAACUCUUUAGCACGCCUGCAACAGAAUACAGCUGUAAAAUCAUCACCAAAUGUGGUGAAUGGAAAAUUAAAUUUGAGAAUGACAACAUUACAUGAAGAAACAGCAAAUUUCGCAAAUAAUAUUUUAUCACCUCGAGAUGCUAAUGGAGCUAAAAAUAGAACUGACUUCUGUGAUUAUGACGAUUUUAAGACAAAUAAAAUUAUAACACCAAGCACAAGUAGUAGUGGUUACGGAUCACAAACAGUGUCUACAUCAAACUUAACAUCUGAUGAUACUGUUUCCGUAAGGUCAAUAAGUGUAGAUGAAACCCCUGAUUUAGAAUAUAAAUGUUUGUUGGAUGCCAAAAAGCUCGAAAGAAAAGAUAGCGCAAAUUUGAAUAAAACACGAAUUGAGUAUUUCCCUGAUAUGAUUGAAAUACCGACUAAAAUCAAAUCAAACAUAAGACCAAAACCAUUUAAUUUAGAUCUGCUAACUAAUGAUCAAUACGCAUUGUUAUCAAAAUUCGAAAAACCAACAGACUAUUGUGAUUUAGAUAUUAAUUCUAAACAACAAAUAAAGAAUUUACAUUCAAAUUCUCAAGGAACAAAACACUUAAAAAAAGACGAAAAUCAAUCAGAUGGAACCACCGCUUGUAUUACACGUCAGAGUGAAAAGAUUAUUCGAAGAAAAAGGUCCAUCCAUGGUCAUUCAAGUAAAACAAUUAUUUCCAAUGUACAAUCUAAGUCUUCAGAAAAACCUGACAUAGUGAAAUUAGAACCAAUGAUUCAGCAGAUAUUAACAUCGCAAAAAAACUGUGCCAAUUCUUCAGAAAAGCUUAAUGAAGAUGAUGUAAGCGACAAAGGAUCAGGUUAUGGAUCUAUAACUGAUUUAGCUAAAAUUGAAAAUCUACCGGAUUGGGUCUCUAUAGGUGAAUCAGUAUUAGUAAGACCCUACAGUUAUUCUGGAAUAAUUGCGUAUGUUGGUCCCACGGAAUUUGCAAGUGGUUCUUGGAUAGGAGUUGAACUUGAUGCACCAACAGGGAAAAAUGAUGGAGCAGUUAACGGACACAGGUAUUUUUCUUGUCCUGAUAAAUGUGGAAUAUUCGUGAAAAUUGAUAAACUUAUUCAAGAUAGACGUGGACGAGCUAUGAGAAAUCAUACAAGACAAGAAACGUUAUCUUCAUUUCCAACUACAUCUAAAUUUCGAAAAAAUAAUAGUAAAGGCGAUGUCUCGCAAUCAGAACGAAGCAAGAAUCGUGGAAAAGAUCUUUCUAUAUCUAUGAUGCAGGUGGCAUCAAGAAGUAAAUAAUAACAAAGAAGAAAAAAAGAUAAAAUAUGACAGCAAUCUAUUUAAUAUGAGCCUACUGUAUGUAUAGUAUUAGUGUUAAAAUCUUUUAGUGGUAGGGCAGCUGUUAGUAUUGUUAAUAAUGAUUAUAAAUACAGAAUAAAAAUAUCUAGCGUUAUAAUGUGUUAAACAGGUAUCUUACCUCUGUAAUAUAUAAAUAAUAUGCUUGUACAUCAAGAAUGUUUAAUUACGUAUAAGAAUAAGCGCCAAUUUAUCAAAUUUAUGUAUGAUUUUACGUACAUCCCA